AUGGCGAAACGUUUCAGGCUCCGGAUAUCCAGAGUCAUACCUUCCUUCCAAUCCUGCCGUUCAAAAGACCCCUCCUCUCUCCCUUCCAAUCCCGUCCCUUCAUUUCUCCGACCAUCCCCCUCACUCAACCACCACCUCUCCACCCCACCUUCCAAACCCCACUACUCAUCCUCCAUCAAACGCCACGUCUCCUCCGCAUUCGGCUGCGGCUUCGGAACCAAACCAACCCUAUCCGACGACGAUAACGGAUCACUGCCGCCGGAGGUAUUUGAGUGGGAAAGAGAGGACAAGUGGCACGUGGUUGCCAUGGUGGACGAAGACAAAACCCCACGUCGCAAAAUCUACACUUCCUCGGCCUCCGCUGACUCCGAACGCGACGACGCCGUUUCACUUUCGUUUUCUCCUCCUCCACCACCGCCUCCGUCCUCGGCGGAGAAGAAGAAAAAACAAAGACUGAGGAAAAAGAAAACAACGACGAGCCGUAUGAUCCGCUUCAGCACCUCCUCUGCCGAGAGCGGACUCUUCAGCGACGAAGAUGAAGAAAACGAAACCCUAUUCUCCUUCUCCACAGACUCCUCCGCCGAUAUAUUCACGCGCCACCUGGCAACCAUCCGCGAGACGCCCCCUAGGAGGAGGAAGAAGAUCAAGAGUAAAGCUAAACGCAGCGUUUCAAGGACGAGUGGUGAGUUUGAGUCCCCUAGGCUGUCGGUGUUUCAGAGGCUGAUACCGUGCAGCGUCGACGGGAAGGUCAGGGAGAGUUUCGCGGUGGUGAAGAAGUCGGAGGAUCCUUACGAGGACUUCAAGAGGUCGAUGAUGGAAAUGAUAUUGGAGAAGCAGAUGUUUCAUGAGAAAGAACUAGAGCAGUUGCUUCACUGCUUCUUGUCUUUGAAUGCGAGGGAGCACCAUAGGGUUAUUGUGCAGGCUUUCUCUGAGAUUUGGGAGGGUUUGUUCUGUGGUAGUGCAAGGUCGUCAGGAGCUAGAGUUUCUAGAGCUCUUUAG